GGAGCUGGUAACAUCGCGUGGUACAUGCGGCCGGCGCAGUCUCUUCGCAGACUUCGGCCGAAACGCACCGGGCGUGCUCUCCCGCCGCCGCCAUCGACGCCAUCGCCGCCAUCGCCGCCGUCGUCGUCGCUUUAACUGAACGACGUUCGAUCAUAAACAUACCACAUAAACCUACUGUAUACCAAUCGUGCUGGAAGAUGGCUUACUGGUGGCUAUUGCAGUCGGCAAUGUGGUACACCGCUAUUAUGGUUCUGGCUAAUCCUCUGAUGCCCACCUUAAUCUUUGAGGUUUUGCCCAAGCUGCCAUUGCUCAUUAUUCGUCGUUUAGGUACCAUUCCUAUUGAAUCUAUUUAACGGAACUCAAAUCACCUGUUUGGAGUCCCGCCGAAAUCAUGAGUUCAACACAAAUAAACUGUGGCAGGAAGUUGACCCGACGGCCUUCUGACUAGUUUAUAUCUGUACGGACAGUGCCGUUGAAAACUACAACCAACCGAACAGUGUCUGAUCGACGUCCAACACAGCCCGAAUACAAUUAUGAAUUUUAAGGUGACCGAGUCGGCCGGGUCCCGCCACACCGCAGCCACCGUGGUCGGCUGGGGAAACGUACGGGCCGUGGUGUUCGUUGCAACAGUCAUGUUUGCGGCCCAGUUCGCGGCUGCGCAACAGGUUGCGUUGAAGGCGGGCCGCUUGCCACGCGUCUACAACGCCCUGAUCACCACUGAUCAGCGUCUGUUGCCCAGCCAAGCGGAACCGAUCGUCACACCAGUGUUCCGUCCACUCCAGUUCCUCUACCAAUGGCCCGAAGUGAGGUACGCGGCCACCCCGUCGUACCCGUCGUCGCGGUCGGAUGUGGAGGCGUCUGGUACCGACGGCGGAUCGUCCGGACACGAAGUGUCACGGCCCGUCACUGCAGAGGUCUUCGACAGCAGCAGGCCCGCAGGCUCCAUGGUCGUCAAGAACAACAGGCCCGCGGACUCCACGGUCGUCAAGAACAAGAGGCCCGUGGACGCUACAAUCGUUAAGAACAACAGGCCGGCAGACUCUUCGGUACCGGACGUACCGCCACCGCCACUUCCUGUCACGCGCGGCCAGGACGGCGCCGUCAAGAAGAGACCGGAAGAGUAUCCGCCAGCGCCCGGCGGUUUCGCCAUUUGAACACCCAAGCUCCACUUCUACUCGCCCCAAUCAACUACCACCGCAAAGGGUUUUAGUCGACGAGAUGAGACGCAGGCCCCUAACCCCCAUCACACGGUCUUCUACCACCACUGCACAGCCGUGUUAUAAAAUAUUAUAAUAUAUAACCUAUCAUUGCGUUAGGUUUUCCGUCCGGUUCGGUAGAAUAUUAUUGUUAUUAUACCGCAUCGUACGUUCAGGGCUGUUAUGGCUUGUACUUUUCCAUAUCUCACCCCUCAAACUUCCAGAAAUUUUAAUCGUUUUCGGGCGUCGACAAUUUUUACGAACUCGCGUUCAUUAUAUAUAAAAUAAUAAUAAUAUGUACAUAAUAUAAUAGUACCUAUAAUACGCGUAUGACGUUAUUCGACAGUUUUUAACGCAUAAUAAAAUAUUAUUCUUAAAAAAAAAAUAUUAUUUUGAUGUUUUCACUUGCGAAUUAUCAUAAUAUGAUGAUUCGCAAGUGAAAUUAUACGUAGUCGGAGAAUAUAAUCAAAAUUAUUUUAGUCACUUUUACCUGAUCUGUAUGUUAUUUUUUUUGACCGGUUUCGUACACUAUGAAAUCGUUUUAUUUAGAUUUAAGUAAUUACCUACUAUAUCCGUGCAAACCAUGGUAUUGUGUAAAAAUAUAUAUUAAAAUAAAAAAUAUUUAAACAUUUUCAAGUUAAUUAUGAUAAUACAUUAUAUAAUAGGUUAUAUGUAGUUAUACUGUUUAAUUUGUUCAGUGACAUUAUUACACGAACAUAAUUUUUAAUUCUUGUCAAUAUCAGUGUUACGCGAUGAUGAAAUUGUAUCUAGAAAGACCUAAGUAUUUAUCUAGCAAAAAAAGAUACAAUUUUAAAAUGUUUAUGAUUUACAUUUACUUUUCUUAACAAUUUAUAAUAUCUAUCUUUCUUUUUAUUUUAUAACUCUACAAUUAUUAUUUUAUUUAGUUUUAUUUUUAUUUUUUAAUUAGAAAGGUACUUUAUCAUACCAAAUUACAAAACACAUCAUGAAUAGACAUAAAUAAAUGUUGUUGCUCAAGAAACGUAUGUGAUUCUCAUUAAAUUAUACGUAUACUUAUUAAUAAUUUCUAUUGUUUGACGUUUACGAUCGAUUGUUUUUCAACGCAUUUAGCCUGUCGAGUUUUCUGCCAUUAUUCUGUAGCAUUUUUUUUUUGAAGGUACAUAUUCGUAGGUCGUGAUCAGAUUCGUAUUUAUUGUGUUGGUUAAAAAUAAUUUUUAUUAAAUAACUUUUUUAAUUUUUAUAAGACGAGAAAUUACUUAUCAAACUUUUAUGAUUCGAUAAUAAUCAUACUAAUAUAGGAUAAUAUUUUUAAGCUAUUAGAGCCUAUAUUUCUACAACAGAAUGAAUCAUUAAAUAAUGUUAUUUUUAAGCCUUAUGCACCAAAAUAAUACACACGAUUUUCACAAAAUAAGCAAAAUUGUAUACGACGCCACAAAUCUUAAUAUACAUAAUAUAUAUUAUAUAUAUAAUAGUUAUAGAAUCAGUUAUAAACAAAUAACAUAUUAUACAUAAUAAAAAUAUAAUAAAUACUUCAAAUCUCCAAUAUUAGAGAAAAAAUUAUUGUUUAUGUAUUGGUAGGUUUAUAGACGUACCGCAUGUUGCUACGAUUAAUCAAUAAUUUUUCAACAGCUUUCAAGUUGAUCGCAUUCUGCAAGUUCGUAACAUAGCUACAAAUGUUUACUUUGCACUCAUGCACAAUACCUUAAGUAUGCACCAAAGAAUUAAUAUUAUAUUCACUUCUAUUCUCUAAUCACAAUGAAAGGAAUAGUUCCUUCAAAAACAAGUAUAAUAAUUUAUAAAUUAUAUAAUUACAUUUUUCUUUUUUCUUUCUGUAAGUACUUGUGAAGUUUAAAAAUAUUUUACGUCUCAAAAUUCUUAUAUUGGCCAUCUGUUACAUAAAUGAACGAUAAGCUAAUUUGAUAGUAGUAAUAAAAAUAAAAUAUGUCAUGAAAUAACUCCCAGUGGAGGCACUUCGUUAUCGUUGUUUAAAGAUUAGUAUAAUUUUGUUUUUUAUUAUAAUAAUGCUCUACUACGGCUUCAAAAAAUGCCAAAAUAUACUAUUGUAAGAUUUGCAUGCAAUAAAGAUUCGAUAUAUCCAACUACUAAA